UUGGUCCUUCGCGUUUCGAGCGCUGGGUCCUUUUUGUCCCCUACUCCGAGCGGUGUCAGCUUCCGUGCGGAAGCGGUGGCCGUGAGGGAAGAAGAUGGCGGCGACUGUGGUGGCGUCGCCUGGUGCGGUGGCUAGUCGGGCCAACAAGCGCAGCGGCCCUGGGCCGGGAAGCGGCAGCGGCGCGGGAGCCAAAGGGUCGGAGGAGGAACCGCCGCCGCCCCUACAAGCAGUUCUGGUGGCAGAUAGCUUCAAUCGCCGCUUCUUCCCCAUCUCUAAGGACCAGCCUCGGGUCCUCUUGCCCCUGGCCAAUGUGGCACUAAUUGACUACACUCUGGAAUUUCUGACCGCCACGGGUGUACAGGAAACCUUUGUUUUUUGUUGCUGGAAGGCUGCUCAAAUCAAGGAACAUUUACUGAAAUCCAAGUGGUGCCGCCCUACAUCCCUCAACGUGGUUCGAAUAAUUACAUCAGAAUUAUAUCGAUCACUGGGGGAUGUUCUCCGUGAUGUUGAUGCCAAGGCCUUGGUGCGCUCUGACUUCCUUCUGGUGUAUGGGGAUGUCAUCUCAAACAUCAAUAUUACCAAAGCCCUGGAAGAACACAGAUUGAGGCGGAAGCUAGAAAAAAAUGUAUCUGUGAUGACAAUGAUCUUCAAAGAGUCAUCCCCUAGCCACCCAACUCGUUGCCAUGAGGACAAUGUGGUAGUGGCUGUGGAUAGUGCCACAAACCGGGUUCUCCAUUUCCAGAAGACCCAAGGUCUUCGACGGUUUUCUUUUCCUCUGAGUUUGUUCCAGGGCAGUGGAGAUGGUGUAGAGAUUCGCUAUGAUUUACUGGACUGUCACAUCAGCAUCUGCUCUCCUCAGGUGGCUCAACUCUUUACAGACAACUUUGACUACCAAACUCGAGAUGACUUUGUGCGAGGCCUGUUAGUGAAUGAGGAGAUCCUAGGGAACCAGAUCCACAUGCACGUGACAACUAGGGAAUAUGGCGCCCGGGUCUCCAACCUACACAUGUAUGCGGCUGUCUGUGCUGAUGUCAUCCGCCGAUGGGUCUACCCACUCACGCCAGAGGCAAACUUCACUGACAGCACAACCCAGAACUGCACUCAUUCCCGGCAUAACAUUUACCGAGGGCCUGAAGUCAGCCUAGGCCAUGGCAGCGUCCUGGAGGAAAAUGUGCUUCUGGGCUCUGGCACUGUCAUUGGCAGCAAUUGCUCUAUUACCAACAGUGUCAUUGGCCCUGGCUGCCACAUUGGUGAUAACGUGGUGCUGGACCAGGCCUACCUGUGGCAGGGUGUCCGAGUGGCUGCUGGAGCACAGAUCCAUCAAUCUCUGCUCUGUGACAAUGCUGAAGUCAAGGAACAAGUUACACUGAAGCCACGCUGUGUCCUUACUUCCCAGGUGGUAGUGGGCCCAGACAUCACGCUGCCUGAGGGCUCGGUGAUCUCUUUGCACCCUCCAGAUGCAGAGGAAGAUGAGGAUGAUGGCCAGUUCAGUGACGAUUCUGGGCCUAACCAAGAAAAGGAGAAAGUGAAGCUGAAAGGUUACAAUCCAGCAGAAGUCGGAGUUGCUGGCCAGGGCUACCUCUGGAAAGCUGCAGACAUGAAUGUGGAAGAGGAAGAAGAACUAAGGCAGAAUCUAUGGGGACUCACAAUCAAUGUGGAAGAAGAGAGUGAAACUGAGAGUGAGCAGAGUAUGGAUGCUGAGGAGCUAGACAGCCGAACGGGCUCCCCACAGAUGGAUGACUUCAAAGUAUUCCAGAAUGAAGUCCUGGGAACACUACAGCGGGGCAAGGAGGAGAACAUUUCUUGUGACAAUCUAGUCCUAGAGAUCAACUCUCUCAAAUACGCCUACAACAUAAGUCUAAAGGAGGUGAUGCAAGUAUUGAGCCACGUGGUCCUGGAGUUCCCCUUCCAACAGAUGGAUUCCCUGCUGGACCCAAACCGUUACUGCGCCCUGCUGCUUCCCCUUCUCAAAGCCUGGAGUCCUGUUUUUAGGAACUACAUAAAGCGUGCAGCUGAUCAUUUGGAAGCAUUGGCAGCCAUUGAGGACUUCUUCCUGGAGCAUGAAGCUCUUAGUACUUCCCUGGCCAAGGUGCUGAUGGCUUUCUACCAGCUAGAGAUCCUGGCUGAGGAAACAAUCCUGAGCUGGUUCAGCCAAAGGGAUAUGACUGAUAAGGGGCAGCAAUUGCGCAAGAACCAACAGCUGCAGAGGUUCAUCCAGUGGCUAAAAGAGGCAGAAGAGGAAUCAUCUGAAGAUGACUGAAGUCACACCGCCUGCUCCUACGGGUGUGUUGAUAGCCCUCCCGGCUUCUGGACCAGAGCAAAUGAGAGGCUAGUUGCAGAAGGAUGAGUGAUCACCAUCCAAGCUGAGACUUAAAGGAGCAGAGGCUGGAACUACAGUAUUCUUCCCACCGCCAGUAACCAUGUGCCUCCCAUCCUGACUGGGGAGUUGGGAAAAGGGAAGUUGGGCUGGAACAAAGCUCUGCCUAAAGAGGAGCAAGGCAAGCCCUGCAGUUAGAGGAAGCCCAGAGGAAUAGUUUUGUGCUCUGGCUUUCCCUCAGGGAACAGCAGAGAGCAACUGGCCCUUUCUGCUGCUUGUAUUUGUUAAUAUUAAAAAAAAAAAGAGAGAGAGGGGGAUGUAUUUGGUUUCUCUCCAACUCUGACUGAUCAGCUCUUAAAAUAGGUGACCAAAGAGUUCUGAACCUGGCAGCUUUUCCUUAACACCUGGGAGAGAGGGAGAGGAAGGGUGUUACUGCCACUAGGUGGUACUGUGGUGCCUUGCUAAUUGACCAUUGCCUUGGCUCAAGGGCAGUGAAAGGCCUAGAUUCUUUUCCAGCCUCUGUGGACCAAUUUGUGGUCCUGGAAUAGUAUUCCUGAGCCUAUUUCCAUAGAGAGUCCUAAUGCAAACACUUUCCUGCCAGAGGGUGAUGAUCCAAACAUAUGUAAAGUCCAUUGACCAACUGCCAUGCUUUGUGCAAUAGAUCCAGUACAAUUAUCAGGGAAACUGGGAUAUUCAGCAUCUUAAAGAUAAGGAAGUUUGCUUAAGGUCUCAAGACUCUUGAGGAGCAAAGCUAAGGGCUUGAAUCUCAUAAUCUAGAAUUCUUUAUGUUUCAGCAUAUUCAGUGUCUCAGUGAAGGGAAAUUGCCUCCAGAGGCAAAUAUAACCCCAAGCCAGCAAUGAGUAUCCUAAGAACAGAGAAAGAUCCUAUGAAAUGGUUUACUGUAUGGUAAGCAUUUUGCUAAAUACUUUUCAUGUGUUUAAACUUCAUAGUAGACAAUAGGUCAUAUCCCCAUUUUCAGAUGAAGAACCUAAAUUUCAGAGAGGUCCCAUAACUGGUCAUUGAUAAAGCUGGAGUUUGCCAUUUUGCUCCUUUGUCCCCUUUAACUUCGACUAUGAGACAUGCUCUUCUGUCUCAUCUUUUUAAGCUCUUUUUUGCUGUCCUAAAACCUUUACCCUAUUGACACUUAAACUGUGGCAAAUGUUACUGGUAACCAGUGAUCCUCCUGGACAUCACAGAAAAUGGUUGCCAUUAUUCAUUUUAGUUGGGUAAAAAGGAGUAAGCUGCGGAAAAGAAUACUGAAUUGUAUUCAAGGGUGUGAAUGGGCAGUACCGAGUAUCUCUAAAGAGUAAAAAAACAGGAUUUUGCUUAAUUUACUUUUCUUGUUCAGUAAAUCUCAGUUUCUGCUUUUUCAUAUGUAGGAACUAGUGCCUAGAGAGCAUAUGAAGGUUAUGGCAUGGACUACUAGGAGCUGUUAAAUACAAAUAACUUUAGGGCAUCUCUGAUUUGUACCUAAUGGGUAGCAGAGAUUAGAGGUGGCCUAUAGAACUUUUUAGAAGGAAGAGAUUCCUUCCAGAAGAGUAAUUAGGGAAGGAUUAGAGGAUUGUGACACUUGAGUGGCCUAAAAGUAGGAAAGGGUAGAAGGGGAUAUUAAAAACAAAGCAAAGGAUUUCCAUUUAAAUGUGGUAUACUAAACACAUGGGGUUUUGUUUUGUUUUGUUUUUUGUUUUACUUUUUCAAAAACCCCAUUCAAAUGCCAGUAAUGAAAUUCUUCAAAAAAGGCACAUGACUCAAUAAGGAAAACCAGAGGUGAUCGCAAUGAAUAAGAGACAUUAACAUUUUGGAAAAUGAAAAAUAAAUCAAAGAGUGAAAGUUGAUUUAACAGAGCAGAAUGAGAUGGGUUCUCUCUGCUGAGGUGGUUAUUAACAAGAAACAAACCCAAUGUGCCCUUUUGAACCCAGAAGAGGUUCAGCAAAGGGGAUAAGGAUUGGGGCUGAGAAUGGGGUGGGUGCAGGAGAAUCAAAGAUCUGUAUAAGAAAAGGCCCCCCAGGUUUCUACCUCCUCUGAUUUAGCCAGGUAAUUACCCCAACUGUCCUGCAAGAAAUGGGAGGAUUUAGUCUGAAGAAAUGGAGAGGAAAUUAUAAAAGAAAUAUUUAUGAAGUUUUCUUAAACCCAAAAGGCAGGACUUUUCAGACUAACAGCUCAUGAGUGCCCAGUAGAAUGAAUGAAAUAGCCCCAUGAAAUUUCAGAACUUUAAGGAAAAGAUAUUAGAGCCUCUGGACUCAAGAGCAGACAUGGGGAUGGGGGUGAGGGGCUAGAUUGGAAAUGAGGGAUUAAGUGAAAGUGUUAUGAAUGGUAGGGCUCUGAAUAUCAGCACACACCAGGCAAAAACAAGCUGAAUAAGUGCAGGAGAAAAAAAGCCUUUCAAUACUUACACUUUUUGUUUUCUCAAAACCAAAAACCAUCUUUACCCUAUUUGAUCAUCGUACAGUGAAUCCUGUUAGUUAAAAAGCCUGUAUCUCAACAGAGCUUCCAAUCAACUUUUUAGUAUUUCACUCUUAAAUGUGAAUAGACUGCCAAUGGUUAUCAAACAUUUGAGGAAACUUUGAACAUGAAAGGCAGAGACCAAAACAAAAUUGAAACCAAGGAAACCAUGACAAAGUAGGGAGUUAUUUGAAAACCUCAGGGAGGGGGGAGAGCUAUAAUUAUUCUCAAAAAAUAUUGUGUCUGAAGAAAGUACUAUGAAAAGGGAGAACUAGGUAACAAAAUUUUUUUUCAAACAAGUUUUUAGAAAUUAAGUAAAUUGUUUCCUACUGAGAAUUGGAGGACUAGAGAACUGAAUAGGAUGGAGAUGUCAUCCAUCCUUAUGUAGUUGAAUUUUGAGUUGUGACAUUUUACCUAUCCAAUUGGAUAGGGGAAAGGUUGGAAAUAAUGUUAAGAAAAUCUUGCAAAAAGAUGCAGUCAUUCAAAAAUAAAAGGGAAUGGUUGAUAAAGGAAGAAUCCAGAAGGUUCAACAUCUAACAAGUUGUAAAAAGUAUGGGGAAAAUAGUAGUGAUGUUACUAAGUAAGGAAAUAUUGUUGAAUUUCUUGAUGGAAAGGACUCACUAAGUGCCUAGCACAGUGAAUAAGCACCAAGAUAUAUCACCAUGAAAUUUCAGAACCUCAGGAAUAAAGGGAACUUCUAAAAACUUACAGAAAGAGUAAAAACAAGUCAUGUGCAAAGCCUUAGGGAAAAAUAGAGAUCUAACUGCUUAAUAGCAACACUGGAAGCUGGAAGACAAUGUAGUGAUACCUUCAAAAUUCUGAAGGAAAAUUACUUUCAACUCAAUCAGUUUUCAGAUUUGCAAGUUCUCAAAAGGGGUUUUAUUUCCCAUACUCUCAAAGUAAGCCACCAAAGGGUGUGCUUCACCCAAAGCAAAGGAGUAAAAACUAUCCAGGAAAUGGGGAUCCAACACAGAGGAGAGGUAAUUCAGAACAUGACGCAGAGAAGUCCCAGGGUGAGAGCUGUGCAUAGGCUGAGACAGCCAACAGUGCUUACCAGAGCAAGAGAGUGGAAGGUUCCAAGGGAGAAAAUGGUUGGAUAAUCUAAUAUAUUUGACUAUGUAAACAAUAUGUAUUGAGAAACUUAGAUUAUGUAGUAAAACUUAAUGGUAGAUAUAUAAAAAAGCAAAUGAAAAAGGAAGGCUAUGAUUAAUGCCAGCAGAAACAAAAAGUUGUGAAGGAAGCAUUUACUCAGUGAAAAUGUCAAUACUAAAAUCUAUACUGAUUUAACCAAAAAGGAUAAUUUUACUAUUUUAAGAGGCUAGGGGGAAGGUGGAAGAAAAAUCCAUCAAUGAAAAUUGGAAGUAAUAUGCAAUAUCUAGAAUGUAUAGAUCAAGAAAUAGUAUAAACUUUAAAAGUAUACUGGGGUAGGGAGGAAAAUGGGACAGAGAAAUGCUGUUAAGAGCUUAACAUGCACAUAUAUUCAAUUUUAAAAAAAGGGUAUGAAGUGAAAAUGCACAAGAUAUGUGCAGGUACUAGCAAUUAGGUUGAUUUGCUGAAGUAAAAAAUAUAGCCAGCAUAUUAUGAAACAAAAAGCUGUAGAGGUUGGCAGUUUAGAUUAUGGAGAGUUUUGAAUACAGUGCUAAGAAUAUUUGGAAGGCACUGGGGAAAUGUCGAGAGGUUCCUGAGCAGAAGAGUUGUGUGGAAGAGGUACUUACUCUGAAAAUGCUAAUUAGACAAGGAUACAAAAUGGAGUGGGAAGAGCCCACACUUGUUACUGUGGCCUUAAAAGACCUAUGUGGUCUAGUCCCAGCCUAUGUUUCCAGCCUCAUCUACCACUAUCACUAAAGUCACAAUGGCCUCCUUGUUCCUCAAAUUGGGAGAGAGUUAUUUGUGCCUUGAGUCUUUAUAUUUGGCCAUGCCCUCUGCUUGGAAUGCUUUCCCCCCAACACCAGACCCUCUUAUAGCUGCUGCUGCUUCCAUUCUGUCUUAGCUCAAAGGGAAGAGGCCUUCCCUAACCACCCAUAAUUCUCUUCUCCCUUUUACUAUCAUAUUGCUCCAUUUUAUCUUUUUCAUAGCAUUUGUCACUCUGAAGUUAUUUAUUACAAGCUUGUGUGCUUCUUUUCAGAUCAGUGAAAGUCCUGAGAGUAGUCUUACCUGUCUUGUUUUGCUUUACCCCCUACAGUAUGCCUUGCACCUAAAUGGACACUUUAUUGAAUGAAUUAAAAACUAAGGGGUGAGAAAAUCUA